AUGAAGAAGAAAAACAAAAUUACAAUCAUGGACCUUAUCCUGCUCUGGGCUCUAAAGGCCGUAAAACAGUUCAUCGAUCGAAUCAACAGCUCUAGCAACGACCCAAACCGAAAGGCGGUGACACCGGCAAUUGCAACCCGAUUCCUCUUGGCACGAAAAUAUGACAUCACUCGCGCAAUGGCACUUUACGAGCAGCAUGAACUAAUACGGCAACGGGAAGGGUUGUAUGGAUUUGAUCCACAAACAGAACCGCUUCGAACAGAGCUGGAGACGGGCAAAUUCACGAUUUUGCCGGGCCGGGAUGCCAGUGGGGCAGCAAUCGCCCUGUUCACUGCCAAUCUUCACUAUCCAAUGACCGUGACCCAUAAAACAACUCUUCAGGGUGUUGUAUAUCAGCUAGACGUAGCUUUACAGAGCAGCGAGACACAGAAAGCUGGUUUAGUAUUCAUAUAUGAUAUGAGUACUUCGAAGUAUUCCAAUUUUGAUUACGAUUUGUCGCAGAAAAUCCUCACACUGCUAAAGGGCGGUUAUCCUGCAAGAUUGAAAAAGGUCCUUAUCGUAACAGCUCCGCUUUGGUUUAAAGCACCUUUCAAAAUUCUAAGGUUGUUCGUGCGAGAGAAAUUGCGGGAACGUGUCUUCACCGUAUCAAUACCGCAGCUUAGUUUACAUGUUCCUAGGGAAUCUCUUCCAGUUCGGUUAGGUGGCACUCUAGAAGUCGAUCAUUCCUCAUGGUUAUUGCAUUGUUACAAAUCGAUGACGAAUCGUGAAGACGAAAUUAUUGCAACAGCGGGCCAGCAACAGCAGCAGCCACAAACAUCUCAGUCGAACUCCACGGAUCUUAAUGGAGUGAUUGGUGCGAGUCCCGUAAUGGGUAGCGCGGGCAUUGCGGCGAUAGCUGCUGGAACAGGUACACUGGACACUCACCAUUCUCUAACUGGUGUUGUUGGCUCGGAACUAGUGGACGUAGAAUUUGUGAAUUCUCAUAACCAUCGAGUGUCUCCUGAAAAUGGCGCCGAGGUGGAGGAUCACUUAAAUGUGGAGGAUAUUAGCAACAUAGCAGUUGUGGGUGCAAAUCAACAUCUUCCGGCAAAUCAUGCAGGCCAUGUUGGACAUCAAAAUCACCAUACAACCAGUGAGCUUUGGACAGAAAACCCUCCGAGUAGCGCUUCGUCUGGCUUUAGCGACGAUGACAGUUUGGCCGGGGCAGAAGGAGACCCUAAAACGAUCGAGCAAAUUGUGCAGAUGGUUCGUGAAAGGGGAAAAAUGGGUUUAAUCCGCGAAUAUACCGAAAUAAAAGCCCGCGCUCCAGAUGGUACCUUUACGCAUGCAAAGUUAAGAAAUAACCUAGCCAAGAAUCGAUACACGGAUGUGCUGUGUUACGACCACAGUCGCGUAGUACUGUCUCAGGAAGAGGAUGAUCCCGCGACGGAUUAUAUCAACGCGAAUUUCGUCGACGGUUAUAAGCAAAAGAAUGCAUAUAUCUCCACACAGGGUCCGCUGCCAAAAACGUCGUACGAUUUUUGGCGCAUGGUCUGGGAACAGCACUGUUUGCUGAUCGUCAUGACGACUCGGGUAAUGGAGCGGGGCCGCGCCAAGUGUGGACAGUAUUGGGAACCGACCGAAGGCGGUUUGGCGGAGUAUGGUUCAUUUCGAUUGCGAACAAUGUCGAUAGAAACUAACGAAGAUUAUACAGUGGUGGAGUUGGAAAUAAGAAAUAUUAAGACUGAUGAGGUAAGAUGCGUAUCGCAUUGGCAGUUUACCAGUUGGCCCGAUUACGGAGUGCCGUCGUCGGCGAAAGCUAUGCUAAACUUUCUACAGCGUGCCCGUGAAAAGCAAGCAGAGAUGGUCCGUGCGCUAGGCGAUCUUUGGGCCGGUCAUCCCAGAGGUCCACCUAUAGUCGUUCAUUGCAGUGCCGGGAUCGGUCGAACGGGAACAUUCAUCACGUUGGACAUAUGCAUAUCGCGCCUCGAAGAUGUCGGUACGGCCGAUAUCAAGGGCACGGUGGAAAAAAUUCGAUCACAACGGGCCUACUCAAUACAAAUGCCGGACCAAUACGUAUUUUGUCAUUUAGCACUGAUUGAGUAUGCUCUUUCACGCUCAAUGCUACAGUCGGUGGACCUUUCGGAGUUCGACGAUCGAGACGAAGAAUCCGAUUAGAACAUAGCAACUUAAGUGACAAAACCAGCAUUAGCGAAAUGUGCGCGCAUGUGAUCUAAGACGAUUGAUACUGGUCCGGCUCAUCGGCUUCGGAUUUAGAAUUCCUGAGUAGGUGUGGAAGCUAUCGUAUUUUGUACAGUAGGCAAACUGUUGUUAAUAUUCUGAACGCUGUUUUGCACUGUUCCACCUCCAAACCGAUUAACACUUUCUCCGCAAUCACAGUAAAUAGCGAUCCGUUUUUCUAACAGCAUUAGAGGUUCUGCUGAUGUAUCAUACAUGCAAUCACGCUUCACGUUAAGUAUGUGGGUUCUAUUACUGUUUUAAAAUAACUUCACUAAUUUUUGACACAGCAAACAGAAACCACGAUCCUACAUCCUACAUAAGAAACGAUAAAUCCUGACUGUUAAUCUGCGAAAUACCAGGAGAUAUUAAAUUACAGCAUGGGAAGAGAUGUGGUAACACACGGUAGGAGACUGUGGUGUGCCCUAGUAUUCGCAUUUAAUUUGGCUUUUUAUUAUGUAUUAGCAUCAAAGCUCUUUUCCCAAUCCGGAUGCUUUUCAAAGACAGUAGCAAACGAAACGGCCAAACUCAUUUCAACAGCAGGUGUAGCAGGUGAUUAUAGUUCGAGUAAACUCAUGGGAAGACGUUUAUCGCUACGUGCAACAGACAGAUUUCAAGCUUUAUCUCCUAUUACAGUUCAAUGCGAAAGUCUUUUGCAAUCAUCAGGAGUAGAUCAAAAACAAAAAUUGUAUGAUAAUUUAUAAUAAUUUUCCAAACCCGCUACAUUUCAGUGCGGUAACAUUAGAGACAAGAAACAGCGUAGAUGGCGUAGAAAAUAUCAAGUCCAGUGAAAUGUGAAAAAAAAUCAAUUACUAAAGGGAAAUGUAGUAAUAUUAAAAACCACGGUAAAAACUGUUGUAACAAGAAUGCGAGAAAUAGAAAAAAAGAUAUCAAACUUUAUUUUUUCUAUUUAUUUUAUCUUUAGUGAAGGCGAUAUUCGUGAGUGCAGAUAGAGAUAUUUAAAAACUAGAACGGUAAAACAAUAAUUGGAAAGUGGUACUGGUACGUUGGGCGUAACAAACAAACAAAACAAUAACUAAAAAACAGCUCCGAAAAUAAAUUUAGAACAUGAUACACAUAUUGUGACUACACUGAAGGUCGUUCAAGAAAAUUUGUAUUAUUCAUCCCUUUUAAAAUAAAAUGAACCGAAGCGGGUUAUUGUCGCCCCUGGUUUGAAAUCAAGUGAAGGCAGAUAAUCAAA